AGGAUACUCAACUCGUCACCAUGAGCGCCGCAGCAGCAUCUCCAGCUAAAAAGGUCAAGAAGGCUAGCAAGCCUAAGGUUCCAGCAGCUCACCCAACAUACGCUGCUAUGAUUGCCUCAGCCAUAGGAGCUUUGAAGGAGAGAGGUGGAUCGUCCAAAAUCGCCAUUGCCAAGUACAUCAAUGCUAACUACAAAGUUGGUAACGACUCUACCAAGGUCAAUUCCCGAGUGAAAAUUGCUCUCAAAAGCUGCGUGAAGAAGGGGUCACUGAAGCAAGUUAAAGGCACUGGAGCUUCUGGCUCAUUCAAACUUGGAGAAAAGAAACCCACAGCAGAGAAGAAGCCUAAGGUAGCAGCCAAGAAAGUAAAGAAGCCAAAGGCAGCAGCCACAACGCAAAAGAAAGCAGCGGGUGAAAAGAAAGCCAAGAGUCCCAAAAAGACUGCCAAGAAAGCUGCCGCUAAGCCAAAGAAGGUUAAGACCCCCAAGAAACCAGCAGCAAAGAAGCCAGCAGCUAAGAAACCGGCAGCGAAGAAGCCUGCAGUGAAGAAAGCAGCCAAGAAGCCUGCCAAGAAGUAAACACUUAAGUGUUUGGUCAAAAUUGACCCCAUAUC